CUGGGCAGCCAUUGGCCAAUCGGGGGGGGGCCCGGUGCUAUAAGAGGCCAGCUCACCUGGUGGGGGGGUUUCUUUACAGGAGGGAACUCGUCCAUGGCCACCGUUGUUCCUUUUGCCUCCUGCUAUGCGGGCCGGGGCCCCGUGGGCGGCGCCUACCUGUCGCUCUUUACCUACCGGGGCCCUCGGUGCGCCCCGCGGCCCCGCCUGGCGUGCCACGCCCCCAAGAUGACGCUGCGGCAGAUCUGCCGCAUGCUGAAGGUGAUGAAACAGGUCAGGAACCGGGAGGCUGCAGCAGCUGCUGCUGCCAGGAAACAGGGGUCGGCCUCCCCGGCCUCGCCGGCCUCCCCGGACAGGAGAAGAGGCGGCUGGACGCCGCCGCCGCCCCCCCCGGCCGGCCCGGUUCUGGUGGGGGGGCGCCGGCAGCCCCGGCCGGACCCACUCAGCCCGUCGGAACCGGACCAGGAGCUGUGA